AUGUCGUUAGUUACUGAAUUUACGAAGAACACGGAAGAUCCACUAUUAUUUGAGACCUUUAAGCCCAAAAUACAGGCUUACAAGAAUGAGUUAACUGCUGGCAUUUUAGAUGAAUAUAAAUUACCGGAGGACAUGAUUCCAAACAAGUUUGGGGUUGAUGUGACUAAAAUCCCUCCAAAAGUUUUGAGCGAAAAUGAACUGGAAAUUACGGAGUCCACUGGAACAGUUUUGGAAAAGCGCUUACAAGCAGGGGAACUUACAGCUGUCGAAGUUUUUGAGGCUUUUGCGAAAAGAGCAACAGCUGCGCAUCAAUUAACAAAUUGUGCGAUGCAACUUUUCAUGAAGGAAGGUCUUGAAAGAGCAAAAAGCCUGGAUAAGUACUUUCAAGAAACAGGUAAAACUGUUGGGCCAUUGCACGGUUUACCAGUUUCUUUGAAAGAGCAUUACAUGUAUAAAGGAAAGGUAACAAACGCAGGCUAUGUAGUUUGGGUGGACAGAAUAACCAAUGAUUGGGCCCUAACAGUUAAACUUCUUCUGGAUGCAGGUGCUGUUUUUUAUAUUAGAACAACCGAGCCACAAACAAUAAUGCAUCUAUGCUCAAACAACAAUAUCAUUGGACUUUGCAGAAAUCCAAACAACACUUCCCUAACAACUGGAGGCUCAUCUUCUGGUGAGGGAGCUCUUGCCGCAAUGAAAGGAUCAGUUUUUGGACUUGGUUCAGACAUCGGUGGCUCUAUUAGGUGUCCAGCGGCGUUUUGUGGUGUGUGGGGACUUAGACCAACCCAAAAGAGACUAUCUAUGAAAAAUUGUGCAUCUGCUUGCACUGGGGAGGCAGAGGGUGUUUGCUGUGUUCUUGGUCCCAUCGCCCGUUCUGCGGAUGAUAUUGAUCUUUUCAUGGAUUCCAUAAUAUCCCAGAAGCCAUGGGAAAAUGAUGCAACCGUAAUACCAUUACCAUGGAGGAAGGUUCAGGAGCCUGGAAUCAGCACCCUCACUAUUGCCAUAUGCUAUGACGAUGGUGUAGUGAAACCUGUCACGCCAAUUUUACGAGGACUUAACUAUGCAAGGCAAAAAUUGGUGGCUGCUGGCGUUAAGGUUAUUGAAUGGAAGCCGAUUGAGGUGGACGAGUUGGUUUCUGCCUGCGGUUCCAUGUACAAUUCUGAUGCCUGUCUGGAUCAAAUUAAUGCCUUAGCAGCAUCUGGAGAACCUUUGAAAAAGUUGUCUAAGGUUGCCCUAAGUUUUGGUUGUGGAGAAAAAGGUGUUGAUGUGACUGAAUAUCAAAGGUUAGCCCUUUUAAGAGAUACUUAUCGGAAUGUAUAUCAAGAUACCAUGAAGAAAUUUGGAAUUGACUAUAUAUUAUCACCUGCCUAUGUCUCGGUGGCAGCAAAGCCGGAGACAGUUCACUAUUGGGGUUACACAAAUUUAUGGAAUAUACUUGAUUUCCCUAAUGUAAUCUUUCCAACUGGGCUAAGAUGCGAUCCAUUGGUCGAUCCUCCAGACACUUCAUAUAAAUCUAGAAGUGAUAUCGAGGCCUAUGAACGAGGACUAUAUGAUGAUGCAAAAAAAUUUGAAAAUGCACCAAUUAGUUUGCAAUUAACUGGAAAACGCUGGUUUGAUGAAGAACUUGUUAAAGCUGCUAAAGUGGUUGAACAGGAAAUUACAAAAUAA